GCCAUGGCUAAGACCCAGAUAUAUAAACACCGGUUCCCAACGAAAACGUGUUGACAGAACCAUAUCGGGUCUAGUCGAGGUUAAUUAAUAACUUAAAUUUUGGACACUCACAGGAACGUCCCAACAGAACACUUUCUUGCUUCCGGUUACAAAUACAUGGAAGUCCCACGAACUUUUGCUUUUGAGCCGUCCCUCGAUUUACCAAAACACUACGAUUCAGUCACCGAUAUACAGGCUUAUGACUGAUAAUAUUCCUAGCCCCAUACCCCUAGAUAGCCCCAUGCCUCUCAAACCCCGAGAUAACUCCCAGCCGCCAUGUCAUAACGGUUCCACUCCCCACUUUAAUGCCAGCUCGGCAGACCCCGAGAGCCGCCAUGUCUCGUUCGUAGACUUGCCUGAGUCCAUCCGCCGGAAGGAUCUCGCGGUAAGCUCUUUUCUCAACCGCUCUUUCUCCGACCACUCCAUUAAGUCUGAGUGCAUUUCCCCGAUCAACUCGUAUGAAGAUAUCCGUUUGCAGAUGACUCGUACCGGCUCCUCCGUCCACCGAGAGGCAGAGAUAUGCCUGGGGCCCCUUGAGUCGCGGCCCGAGUCAGACUCGGCUCGGAAGUACGUGAUUAUCCUUGUUGGACUCCCAGCGUCCGGCAAGUCGUCUUUCGUCAGAUCCUUCAUCAAGUACGUGGGCGACAUUUCGGACUACCGCGCGGCAUCGUACAACGCGGGCGUGGCGCGCCGCCAGUUCUUCAACACUUCCGCGCCUGCGACAAGCGCCGCUUCAUGCCAGACCCACGAGCUUUUCGACCCAAAGAACGUGGAGGGUACGCGCCAGCGGGACUGCUGGGCACAGCAGACAUUGCGCCAGCUCUUGCACGAGCUCCUCACAAACGAACAGGACAUUGGGAUCUUUGACGCGACAAACACGACGCGCGAGCGCCGUACGAGCAUCGUGCGCGAGAUCCGUGAGUUUCAGCGCGAGUCACCGCGCGCGUACUCGGUCACGCCCAUCUUUCUCUCGGUCACACUCUCGCUGCCGAAGUACCUCCUCUAUAAUAUCGGCCAGAAGGCACACAACGAGGACUACAAGAACGAGGCCUGCACCGAGCAGGCGGUGCGCGACUUUGCGCUCCGCUACGAGAAUUACUGCUCGGUGUAUCAGCCAUUCUCUGACGCAGAGCAAACCCAACUUGCCGACUCACAGGGCUCAAUCGGCCAAGUCUCUAUUGACAACCUCGGUGAGGAGUGCUACUUCCGGAUGGAUGGAAAAGCCGAAACGGACGAUGUGUGGCAAAUCUUGCAGUUCUUUGCGAGUAACUAUCAAAUAAUGGCGGGCGCGGCCUACGCGCAAAAGGUGGACCGCUUCGUCGGAACCCCCGCGCACCUGAUGGUGCAGCGGAUAGUGAAUAGCUGUUCGCUUUAAUGACUUAUGAGUUUUUGUUAAUAUUAGAUUUGGUUUGGUGGGUGCGUGUGCCCGAAU